AUGCCAAAAGAAUGGCCUGAAGGCACUACGUAUCUGCGUGCACCAUCAUACUCAAAGAAGCUCACUAAGGACAAGCUCAAUACGCUUCUCCUAUCGAAAGCAGUCUUAUCGCCGAAGGAGCCAAUACUGCAAACGAGAGGUCCCUACGCAAACGUGAAGAUUGCGGUGAUAUCGAAUGCUUCACAUCCAGCACACGGUCAACAUGGGCUCUACGCUACACAGCAUCUACCACCGGACUCUUUCAUCCUACCUUACUUGGGGUUUGUACACGAUCAGACUGAACUAGAUGAGACGUCUGACUAUGACCUUUCGCUGGAUCGCGAACUAGGUAUUGGAGUCGAUGCUUCAAAGAUGGGCAACGAGGCAAGGUUCAUGAACGAUUAUCGAGGCAUCUCCACAGGACCGAAUGCCGAGUUCCGCGACGUUUUGGUGGAUGUUGGAUUCGGCAUUGUGGAGAAACGGAUGGGCGUCUUUGUACUCAGUACAGGCAAGAGUGGGAAAAGAGCAAAGGGCAUUGGACGUGGCGAAGAGAUUCUCAUAAAUUACGGGAAAGGUUUCUGGGCCGAACGCAAAUCGGUAACAGAAUGA